GCAACAAUGAGUACAUUGGAAUUGAAGCAAUGUCUUACGGGUCACAGAGGUAGAGUUUGGAAUGUUUGCUGGCAUCCAAAGGGUAACGUACUUGCAUCGUGUGGUGAGGAUAAGACAAUUAGAAUAUGGGGUAUGGAGGGACAAAAAUGGACGAUGAAAAUGAUAUUGGCUGAAGGACAUUCGCGGACGAUACGCGAAAUAUCGUGGUCACCAUGUGGUAAAUUCAUUGCAUCAGCGAGUUUCGAUGCUACGACAGCGAUAUGGGAGCAAAAAUCUGGACAAUUCGAGUGUAAUGUUACACUAGAGGGUCAUGAAAAUGAAGUCAAAAGUGUCAGCUGGUCCAAUAGUGGUCAGUUGAUAGCCACCUGCAGUAGAGAUAAGUCCGUUUGGAUCUGGGAGUGCGAUAAUCAUGAGUAUGAGUGCGCUUCUGUUAUCAAUGCUCAUAGUCAAGAUGUCAAGAAGGUUCGUUGGCAUCCACAUGAAGACAUCGUUGCCUCAGCAAGUUACGACAAUACCGCAAAAUUAUUCAAAGAAGAUCCAGCAGACAACGAUUGGUUUUGCUUUGCAACUUUAUCUUCCCAUACAUCAACAGUUUGGAGUCUAUCAUUCGAUUCAACUGGCACACGUCUAGUGACAGCCAGCGAUGAUCAGACCAUCAAAAUUUGGCAGGAAUAUAAGCCAGACAAUAGUGCUGGUAUACCAACACCUGAUAAUAAUCCCGUGUGGAAGUGUGUAUGUACACUGACGGGUUAUCAUACCAGGACAGUUUAUGAUGUCGACUGGUGUAAAAAAACAGGAUUAAUUGUAACAGCAUGCGGUGACGAUACAAUAAGAAUAUUCCGCGAAGAAAGUGAUUCAGAUAUUAAUCAACCGACGUUUAAUUUGAUAUGUUCCCAUGAAACGGCUCACACACAGGAUGUUAAUUCUGUCCAGUGGAAUCCAGUAGUUGCUGGCCAGCUCGCUUCCGCUGGUGAUGACGGCAAAGUUCAAAUAUGGUUUUACAGCGACUAAAAUUAAAUUUUUUUAAUUAACAAUUUAAAUUAAUAAUUAACAAAAAAAUGUACAGAUAUUAAUUAAUAUAAGAUGAAAUUUUAUUAAUUAGAAAAGUUUGUUCUUACAUUCCACCCCCUUA